AUGAGCACCGGGUUUUCCCCUUUUGAGGUCGACACCAGUCGACAGGCUCUUCAUCCCAGUGCAGUCGGUGAAAUCGUACCUGCAGGCUCGGAAGCUGAAUCGUUUUGGGAGCGCAGAGCACGCAUCGUCGAAGAAUCCAAGCAGAAUCUACGUCAAGCUAAAGAACGACAGAAACGCUAUUACGAUCAAGGUCGCCGCAAAAUGGAAUUUAAAGCUAACGAUUGGGUCCUGGUGAAUGCUUUACCGCUGUCCAAGAAGCAUGUUCAAGAAUCGGAGUCUACGAACAAGCUCCUUCCCAAGUAUGUCGGUCCUUUCACGGUGUUGCGACAGCUGAGUCCGGUCACGUACAAGAAUCAGCUACCGCCACAUAUGAGCAAGAUUAAAAAUGUAUUAAACGUCGACCAGCUCAAGUUCUUACCGGGUUCUCUUAUUCACCUUGUCGGCCGACCGCUGUACAAAACCACCGAAGUGCUGUACGAUGAGCACGGCCAUCGAAUGUGGGUGAUCGAGAGUCUCAAAGCUACACGAAAGGUGAAAAAAUAA